AUGAUGGCGUGGUCCCCAGUGCUCCUUGGUGUCAUCCUCUUGCUGACUGCCUUUCCAGGGUCUACUGUCGCAGGCCGUUCCAUGCCCAAACUGGCUGAUCGGAAGCUGUGUGCUGAUGAGGAAUGCAGCCACCCCAUAUCCAUGGCUGUGGCCCUUCAGGACUACGUGGCUCCUGACUGCCGUUUCUUGACCAUACACAGGGGUCAAAUUGUCUAUGUCUUCUCAAAGCUGAAGGGCCGAGGGCGGCUUUUCUGGGGAGGCAGUGUUCAGGGUGAUUACUAUGGAGACCUGGCUGCUCGCCUAGGCUAUUUCCCCAGUAGCAUUGUUCGGGAGGACCAGACUCUGAAACCUGGCAAAAUUGAUGUGAAGACAGAUGUGAGUGUCCUGAGGGGUGGCAAGUUUCCUGGAGGAGGAGGACCCUUUGGUUGUGAUGGUGGGCAAAUAUAACGCCUAUGCUCUCUGGUAGCCUUGCUGUGUGUGCUGGGAUAAAUUCUUUUCUUGCCUCAAAUUUCUCAUCUUUAACAGGGAGUGAUUUCUACACCGGGAUCUACUUGAAAGGUGCAAAGAUAUAGGGCUCUAGGCUAAUUUGCAUAGCUCCUGUGUGGCCAAACCUGGCCCCUAGGCUGCAGCUUUUGCUUAAACCACUAGAUCUGAUGCUGGUUUUCUCUUCACUGUUUUCCCUUUCUCUUUUUCAGAAAUGGGAUUUCUACUGUCACUGAGCUCAACCUACCGCGGUUCCUGCUGUUUUUCCCUCCUAGCCGUAUGCAAAUACAUUAGUUAGUGCAAA